AUGUCUUGGUUGAGCAUCUUAGUCUGGGACCUUGUGAUGGGACCAGUUGGUAAGGUCAAGGCUUCCAGAGCUUCCUCAGGUUCAAGCUGCUCCUCCUCUGCUACAAGCUCUCCAGCUGCUUCCUGGUCCAAGUUCCCAGCAACCUCCUCCAUGAUCAUAUCAGGAGGUCACUUUGCUACAUUCAAAACAGCAACCAAGGUUCUGCAAUCUGGGUUGUGGUGGCCUACCUUGUUUAAAGAUGCAGCAAGCUUCAUCGCAAAGUGUGAUCCGUGCCAAAGGAAGGGAAGUAUCACCAAGAGAGAUGAAAUGCCACUGAACCCAAUUCUGGAAGUUGAGAUCUUUGAUGUAUGGGGAAUAGACUUCAUGGGACCUUUCAAGCCUUCCUCAAACGGGCACAACUACAUUCUGGUCGCUGUGGACUAUGUGUCCAAAUGGAUUGAAGCCAUCCCCUGCCCAGCCUGUGAUGCUAAGGUUGUUAUCAAACUGUUCAGAACCAUCAUCUUUCCAAGAUAUGGCAUCCCAAGGGUUGUUAUUUCGGAUGGAGGUUCCCAUUUCAUCAAUAAAGUGUUUGAGAAGUUGAUGAAGAGUUAUGGAGUCAAGCACAAGGUCGCUACACCUUACCAUCCUCAAACCAGUGGGCAAGUUGAGGUCUCCAAUAGGCAGAUAAAGGCCAUUCUUGAGAAGACAGUAAGCUUUACUAGGAAGGAUUGGUCAACAAGACUUGAUGAAGCUCUUUGGGCCUAUAGAACAGCUUACAAAACCCCCAUUGGAAGGUCCCCUUUCAACUUGCUGUAUGGAAAGGAUUGUCACUUACCUGUAGAGGUAGAGUACAAGGCACUAUGGGCAGUAAAGAUGCUGAACUUUGAUAUAAAGGCUGCACAAGAGAGAAGAUUGAGAACAAAGGCAGCCCAUGACAAACUGAUUCGCCUUAAAGACUUCAAGGCUGGGGACAGUGUGCUCUUGUAUAACUCCAAGCUAAGGUUGUUUCCCGGGAAGCUAAGGUCAAAGUGGGCGGGACCAUUCAAGAUCACGAAGUUUCCCUAUGGAUCCCUCACUCUACUCAAUCAAGAGGGGAAGGAGUUCACAGUGAAUGGCAUAGAUGCAAGCCAUAUCUAG